GGCGAGGAGGGCGAGGGCGGCGGCGGCGGCGGCGACGACGACGAGCUCGAGGCCAAGAACGUGCGAGCGCAGCGGGCCAAGGAGCGGCGCGAGAAGCUUGAGCGGGUCGCGCAAAAGUCGACGCUGCACCGCUUGCACUGGUUCCGGAUCAUUCUCGACGAGGCGCACGCCAUCAAGGACCGGCGCUGCUCGACCGCACAGAGCAUGAUGGCGCUACACGCACAGCACCGCUGGUGCCUCUCGGGCACGCCGCUGCAGAACCGCGUCGGCGAGCUCUACUCGCUGGUCGCGUUCCUCCGGCUCGAGCCGCACGCCUACUACUUUUGCAAGGCGCCCGGCUGCAACUGCAAGUGCCGCGAGUACCGGUUCGACGCCAACUACUCCAAGUGCGAGUACUGCGGCCACGGGCCGGUGCAGCACUACUCGCGCUUCAACCGCGACGUCGUCAACCCGAUCCGCAAGUAUGGCUACAUCGGCGCCGGCCGCAACGCGUUUGUGACGCUCAAGCGCGAGGUGUUCGACAAGAGCCUGCUGCGGCGCACCAAGGAGGGGCGCGCGCAGGAGAUGGUUCUCCCGCCCAAGCUCAUCACGCUCGAGGCCAACUUCCUCGACGACACGGAGAUGGACUUUUACCAGGCCAUCUACACGCAGUCGCAGGCCGAGUUUGGCGCCUACGUCCAGGCCGGCACCCUGCUCAACAACUACGCGCACAUCUUCGACCUGCUGACGCGGCUCCGCCAGUCGGUCGACCACCCGUACCUCGUGAUGCACUCCAAGCGCGCCAUCGAGGAGGGGGGCGGCGGGGCGGCGGCCACGCCGUCGGCACCCAUCUGCAACCUCUGCUACGAGGACGCCACCGACCCGGAGCCGCUCACGCAGGGCGGCGGCGGCGGCGGCGGCGGCGGCGGCGGCGUGCGGCUCAAGGGCAUCCUCGGCCGGCUGGACAUGGCCCAGUUCCGCUCGAGCACGAAGAUGGAGGCGCUGAUGGAGGAGCUGCACGCGAUGAGCGAGGCUGACCCGGCGGCCAAGGCGAUCGUCUUUUCGCAGUUCGUCUCGUUCCUCGACUUGCUCGAGUACCGGAUCCAGCGCGCGGGCAUCAAGGUGGUCAAGCUCAACGGCGGGAUGAGCGUCGCGGCGCGCGAGGGGGUACUCAACUCCUUCAAGGACGACUUCGGCACAAAGGUGAUCCUCAUCUCCCUCAAGGCGGGCGGCGUCGCCCUCAACCUGACCGUCGCGUCCCACAUCUACCUGAUGGACCCGUGGUGGAACCCUGCCGCCGAGUACCAAGCCAUCGACCGCGCCCACCGCCUCGGCCAACACAAGCCCAUCCGCGCGGUUCGGUUUGUCGUGCGCAACACCGUGGAGGAGCGCAUCAUUCGCCUGCAGGACAAGAAGCGGCUCGUCUUCGAGGGCACCGUCGGCGGAGACAUCGGCUCGCUCUCGCAGCUCUCGGAGGACGACUUGCGCUUCCUGUUCCAAAACUGACGCCGGCCGGCGCGAGACGUGGCGACGUCGGCCGCGGUGACGGAUUCGGGGGUGGGGGUAGCGCAUGCUGGGCGCGAGCCUUGUGCAUGCUGUGCAAGCUGGGCUUGCGCAAAAGUACACUCUGGCGAAUUAGAGAGAUUUGGAGUACGUGGGGGGAGCGAGAGCGCGCUGCGUGAGUCAGAGUCUACUCUGAGUAAUUGUAACUGACGAGUUUGAGGAGUUUGAUUG